UUCCUACCCUCUAGCUAGUGAAUCUCAAUACUCUCCACAAAGUUCACUAAAACAGUACAACUCAACAAAGAAGGCCAACAGUUAGUUAUUGAAAGGUGAAGUCACCAAAACAACUCAUUUCAAGGUGAAGUCACCAAAACAACUCAUUUCCUCUGGGCUAGCUGUUUGCCACACCUAACUUCCUGACAGUCAAACGCAUGGCCAGCAACCGCAAAAGUCAGACUAAUCUAUCAGGUUGGUUUUUGUCUAUAUUAUCAAGCCCUGUACACACAAGCAACCAACAAGAUCAGAGUGGCGAUACCGAACUAAAGAACAUUGGCGACGAAGACUGGUGUGUUAUUGACGAUACAAACAUGGAGAAUAGUGAUGGCACCACCUCAAGUACAAGAAAGAAAAGCUCAACUAAAUCAUCACCUAGUUUAGGGCCUGGUUCAAUAGGGCCUAGAAGCAGCUCUGUGUCUGGUCAAAAGAGUACUAGGUCUAUUACUUCCUCUCCAAAUUCGCUACAACGAUCAUCGAGUAGCCGCGGACGAAAGCCUACCAACUUGGACGUUCUACAAAAUGGCCGCUCGAACGGUCGUAGUUCGUCACCAGGACGAAGUGUAACUGGUCCCGGUAGAAGCAGUAGUCCGAAUCGAAGCCCUCUUCCGAAGAAAAGUUCGAUGAGUUCAAGUCGAAGUGCAUCGUCUCCCGUCCCAUCACACACACACCAAAACGGGACGAAAUCUACGGCAGACAUGGACGAUUCUUCACUGGCGUCUAAAAUACGGGACACCCUUCGAAUUAGCCGUCCCAAGAAGAAGAAAGGCACCAAAGGAAAAGGACUUGCUUACUCCGUAACACCUGUUGAAAUCAAUAUGAACGCGUCGUCGAAAUAUCAAGAUCCAUUCGAGACAAGUUGUUCUGAGGGUACAGAUGCUAAGGCUAGUCAAGAUCACAGCUUCAAGCCUGUGUCUAUCCCACAUAAUAAGCCAGAGUACUGUGAUGUGUGUGGGGAGACGGCCUGGGGGCUCUACAGACAGGUGCUCAAGUGUGCCAGUUGUGAGUUCAUUGUCCAUCGCAAGUGUGAGACUAAAGUGACCGUCACUUGUUCCUCUCGUCUCCAUGCCGUCCUAUCACAUGACAAGCAGGUGGAGGACAUCGAGAUAAUAGCGGCCGCAGAGAAACAACAACAGAUAGAAGAAAAGAAAGAGUCUACCCCGCCCCUUCAGGUGGUGGUGUUGCGGAACCACUCCUCCCAGCACUCCACUAGUGACAACACUCACACUGAGUCAGGGUCAUCCAACACCAGCAACAACUCAAGCUCCACCUCCUCCUCACAAGUCUCGAGUCAUCAGCUGAUCUUAGAGAAGACGAAGCUCACUCGUAAGAUACGAGAGUACAACAGGAAGACCACUCCCGUCCACCACAUCCACCUCAGAAGCUCACACAACGAUCCCAGUCUGAUUGAGUACCAAGGGUUCGUGAGGGUUCACAUGUGUGUACAGCGACCCAUACACGUCUCCACGGCGAUCACUCGUACCUCUUGGUAUCGUCUCAUGAGGCCAGUCAAAGAGAGGACCACCAACUCAGUGGAUGGCAUGUCAGAUGGAUUUGAGACUGCAUUCUACCUGCCCACUGACACCAACAGACUGGUACACAUCAUCAACACAACCACCACCAAAGAGUUGGUGUCCAUUUUGCUCAAGAAGUUUUGCGUAACUGACAAUCCAAAAAAGUUCUCAUUGUACGAGGAAUAUGGCAGUGACUGUCGGCGAUUGUUUGAGGAGGACCACCCGCUGGAGAUCAUGCUUGAUGGCAGCUGUGCUCAUCGUAACAGCAAGCUAGUGCUCCGUGACAACACAUACUCAACCAUCCAAUGGGACGCAUUCGCUCUGCCUGAACUCACCAACUUUAUUCGGAUACUCCAUCAGGAAGAGGAGAUAUACAUAAAGAAGCUGACGGCAAGGUUUGCUGCCUGGAAGCAGUGCAUCUGUCACGCUCAGAAGGAGGCAUGUAUGGAAGACAUCACGAAACAGACAAGACAGAACAUAGCUAGCAGCUCAAACACUACCCCCCCAAUUAGCAGAAAAUUGCCCCCCACUAACUCUUCCCCCAGACCUAAGAGAAAGUUGCCCCCCACACCCACUACUAAAGUGGAGAGUGUAGUGUGACUGUAUUUGCUGAUUUUCUAACUCUGUUCACUGUAUUUUCUACUAAUUGUUGCACUUAAUUUACUGACGAUGUUUUGCACUUUCACUUUCAUAGUGUGUCUUGUUUACACUUG